AUGGGUGCUUCGCAUAAAGUUAAACCAUAUUUCCCCUCAACUCAAAAACUUAUACCCUCUCAGCUAGCAGCUAUGUGGUGGUACUAUAUUUUGUUGGUUCUUCCCAUUCUCUUAUUUCUCUUUCAGAGAUGCAUAACAAGAAUUCGUAACACUCCCAUCCACACUCUUCCUUCAUAUCCAAUCAUAGGAAGCUUUGUCUCUUUUUACAAAAACCGCCACAGACUUCUAGAUUUCUAUAUCCACUACCUCUCCCGAUCUCCAACUCAAACUAUUGUCGUUAACCGUCUCGGUGCCCGCCGGACCAUCUUAACCGCGAACCCUCUCAACGUCGAAUACAUGCUCAAAACCAAUUUCAAAAACUACCCAAAAGGAAAACCCUUUACUGAAGUCAUUUACGACCUUCUAGGUUCCGGCAUAUUCAUUGUAGACGGAAAAUUAUGGUCAGAUCAGCGCAAACAACUCAGCCAUGAAUUCACCACGAGAUCUCUCAAAGAUUUCGUUGCCAAGAGUCUUGAAGAUGAAGUUCAGCAUAGACUUAUUCCAUUGCUUGAAUUGGCUUCUAAUGAUAACCUUGUCAUUGACAUGCAGGAUAUCUUGACGAGACUCACGUUUGAAAUAGUGUGUAAAGUUUCACUUGGCUAUGAUCCUUGUUGUUUAGAUUUAUCGAAACCUUUACCACCUCUUUUGUCUGCAUUCGACAAAGCUACCGAAAUAUGCGCAAUGCGUGCAGCUUCACCGAUUCCUUUGGUUUGGAAGAUCAAGAGGAUGUUUAAUGUUGGAUCAGAGAAAUCACUUAAAGAGGCUGUUAAAGUCGUUCGUGAAUCGAUGAUGGAGAUAAUAAGAAACAAGAAAAAAGAAAUGAAUGAGAAAAAAUAUGUUAGUGGGAGUGAUUUGUUGACAAAGUUGUUGGAGGCAGGGCAUGAUGAAAUCAUGGUGAGAGAUAUGAUUACCAGUAUCGUCCUGGCAGGGAGAGACACCACGUCGGCGGCGAUGACGUGGCUGUUUUGGUUGUUGACAAGGAAUCGUAGCAAAGAGGAACUGAUAGUGAAGGGAGUGAGGGAAGUUUUUGGAGGAAAGAAUAACAAGAAUGAUUUUGAGUUGAUCAAGUCUUUUGAUUAUGAUGAUUUGAAAGAGAUGAAGUAUUUGAAAGCUUGCUUGUGUGAGUCAAUGAGGUUGUAUCCACCGGUGGCGUGGGAUUCGAAGUAUGCUGCCGACGAUGACGUGUUGCCGGACGGGACUACGGUGGGGAAAGGUGACAAGGUGACUUACUUUGCUUAUGGGAUGGGGAGAAUGGAGGCGUUAUGGGGAAAAGACUGGAAUGAGUUUAAGCCAGAUCGAUGGUUUGAUGAAGCAGUGAAAGAAGGGGAUACUAAUGGAGUUUUGAAACAUGUGAGUUCUUAUAAGUUUCCAGUUUUUCAUGCUGGUCCGAGAAUUUGUCUUGGGAAGGAAAUGGCUUUUAUUCAAAUGGAGUAUGUUGUGGCUUCCAUUCUCAACCGGUUUGAAAUUAGGCCUGUGUCAGAUGACCAACCAGUGUAUCUACCUUAUCUUACUGCUCACAUGAAGGGUGGGUUCAAAGUGAGGGUCCAUAAGAGAGUUUAA